AUGAAUUUUGGUGGAAAGGUUGUAAUAGUGACUGGCGCGAGCUCAGGCAUCGGUGCGAAAGCAGCAGAGUUUUUCUGUAGGGAAGGUGCCAAAGCGGUACUGGUUGCCACAAACGAAACCAAAUUAAAGAAUAUCUCUGAGAAGUGUCAAAUGGCUGGUGGGAACCACAUCGUCAUUAAGGCGGACGUUUCUAAUGAUGAAGAUGCAAAAAAAAUAAUCGAGACUACAAUAAAAGAAUUUGGGAGAAUAGACGUGCUAGUCAACAAUGCAGCUGUUGGACGCUAUGGCAGUAUUUUAGAUGGUAACUUUAUGAAAUCAUACGAUGAGUCAGUCCAUAUAAAUCUUCGAGCAAUUUUGCAGCUGACGUGUUUAGCAGCGCCAUAUCUAGUCAAGACAAAAGGAAAUAUUGUGAAUAUUUCUAGUGUAGCAUCAUUCACUAGCCCUAACGGUACUGUGGGGGCAUAUGGUUUAUUGAAAGCGGCUCUCAAUUAUUUCUCCAGAACAGCAGCAGCAGAAUUAGGAUCGUCAGGAGUGCGCGUUAAUACUAUAUCCCCUGGACCAGUUUAUACUGAUAUUAUAAAGAAUAGCGGAGCCCGUUUUACUUUUGAUCAGUUGAAGAGUACUACUUUACUGAACAGGGUAUGUGAACCCGACGAAAUCGCCGACAUCAUUUUGUAUCUGGCAAGUGAUAAAGCAAAAGGCAUUACUGGUUCAAACUAUGUUGUUGAUAACGGAACACUUUUGAAGUAA